GUCAUAUCAUUCCGAGUGGUAAGUUUUAACCUAACAAAUGUUACGUAGAGCAUUUUCAAAUAAAAUAUUGGUUUUGUGUGUGAUUCAAAUGCAUUUUAUUGAAUGCAACACAAAAUUAUCCGAAGUUUUGAAUGAAACUAGGAGUCAUCGACAGAAGAGAACUUUAUAUUUUACGUUCUACGGUGGUUACGCGCUCGAUGUUCUGCUCUCGUUGCCGUUGGAUCUGCCAGCAAAUAAUAAUGCAUUCUGUGCUUUUGUCUUUUCGGCAAAUUUCUACUAUCCCUCAUUCGACUAUGUCAAUGGACUUAUACCGAUUCCGUUUGCUUACAUUGACGAGCCAGGAGUCAAUGCUGGAUCAAAAAAUAGAAUCGAACUACCUCCGGCAUACCGAAAAUUCAGUGACGACAACGUAGGGAAACGUGUUCACAGUGAAAAUGAUAACACAAAUUCGGCAAACACAUCAACAUUCAAAGGGAACGAGGGAAAGUCUUCGAAAAAUAAGAUGAAAGAGGGAAAAUCAAAAAAGAAUUCUAAGAAAAUUCGUUCCUUGCUAAACAAUUAUUUUAUGUCGCGUAGGCGUUUUUAUAAAAUGCUAGAAACAAAGAUGCAAAGUUCAGGUCUCAGCGGAAAUGAUUGUCUGUUAAAGGCUAUCUGUGAAACAUCUGUAGCAUCUUUUGGCUAUAACAAUGGGGUAAUUGGAAGCGUUAUCGAUGUACUGUUCUUGCCAUCUGCUUCAAAAGACGAGAAACUUCCGAAAAAAUACUAUCGAGCUGAGGCCAACGGAAAAACAGGAAGUUGUGCUUCGUAUAGUAAAGCAUGUCCGAAAAGUAUUUUUGAAUUUGUUUCGCAAAUAAUAUGA